UAAUCAACAUCAUGUCCCACCUCACCUACUACAACUAUGACGGCGUCGGCAAGCGCAACCAACAGACCUUCAAAUACAGCCAGGCCGUCCGCAUCGGCGACCGCAUCGAAUGUUCCGGCCAGGGCGGCUGGGACCCCCAGACCGGCGAGAUCUACCGGGAGAUCAACGCACAGAUCGACCAGGCCUUCAAGAACGUGGAUCUGAACCUGAAGACCGCCGGCGGCAAGGGCUGGAGCCAGGUGUUCCGGGUCAACUCGUACCACGUGCCCAUCAACAACGAGGCGCUGGACGCCAUGGUCCGAAAUUUUAAGCAGUGGAUGCCUGACCACGAGCCGCUAUGGACUUGCGUCGGAGUCACGCGGCUAGGCGAGGAUGACAUGCGCGUCGAGAUUGAGGUGGUCGCGCAUGAUCCGAAAUAGAUUCCGCAGGUGAUUGGGUAUGGGGAUGGGGACGAGGGGAUAGGGCGAAGUGUAUCAGUAAAUGCGUUUAGACGCCCUGUGACUUGAUUCAGCGUGAUGGCAGAUGAAAAAGCGAAAGCAUGAGGUUCUUGGUGGUUGCAUCUGCAUAAUGAACGCAUAUGAGGAUUGAUGAGAACUGUCAUCU